AUGUCUUCUUCAGAAUCAGAGUUAAAGACACCAUUGAUCAGCGCUGACCUCUUCGAGAAUAGUCCUGGCUCUUUGAGAGAGUGGUGGCUUUCCCCACGCGUACGACAAUGGUUCGAAGAUAAAGGAUACUUCCUCUACCAUCCUUUGGUGGUAAAAGGAGCGUCUUCCGGGUUUCUCGUGCCAUCUAUGGACUUCGAUCAAGUGGGUCUGUCUUGCGACGAGCCGUUUCCGUACGCAUAUACUAGUGGCCCCAGAGCGAAAGGGGAUUACCUAUUCGGCGUUCCAAAUACAAACAAUGGUCGAGUUUUCUACGCCCAGGAUUCCCAAGCUCGACAUGUUUUUAUCCGAGCUGUCAGAGCGGGAAGCCCUCAGCUAGAUAUUUACCGAUAUCUGCAUCAGAAGCAAGGCGAAAACAGCUUCUUCGAGGGCAUCAUACCGAUUCUUGAGUUUUUGGAGUUAGACGAAUGUUGCUUUGUGGUUAUGCCUAGAUGGGGACGUGCCUCUUCUUGGGAAUGCACACUGCGUAGCAACCUCACUUUCAUACAUUUUCUACUCAAAGGCCUGGCCUUUCUCCAUGAGAACAAUAUCGUUCAUCGAAAUCUCCACCUAGAAAGCAUCGUCACCAAUCACGUCAUAAACCCGAAACUGCCAGCCAUGAACGAGGCUCGGCGGGACCUCCAGCACGCUGGGAAGCUCGUACCAGCUCUGGUGGAUUUCGACCUUGCCAUACAGUUCGACCCGGAUUCAUCUAACCGUUUGCUUCCCCGCCGCAUGGCUCAACAAAGUUCUGUUCAACGGGAUUUAUCCCAAGGCGAGUACCGGUACGACCCCUUCGCAUACGACGUAGAAGCCAUGGGAUAUAUGCUCUGUGCCCAAUUCCAGCACCUUACUCCGGCCCUCCCACUGCUCGCGCCCCUCUUCGAUCGCAUGAUCACCCGGGACAAACAGAAACGCUUCACCGCCCCCGAGGCCUUUCGAUUCUUCCGAGAUAUGUCUUCCAAGCCGGAUGUUGUUCGGGGACACGACAUGGACGUGCGAUUAGAUGAUUUGGUGGGGUUCGCACCUGCGAAUCGCUUGCAUUAUGAGGAUUAUGAUCGAUGGGAGGGACUUCCGGAGAGUUUUGUGGAUGAGUAUGGCCCGGAGUAUAGGGAGCCGCCGUUGUCCUGGAGGAUUAGAGCCCUUCGUUCAGUUUGUCGGUCUUUCGUGGGGUUUUGGUGUGUACUGGUGAUUCGACGGGUGGUGGAUGCGAUACGGUUCUCGUUUGGGUACUUGUCCCAUUCUUGUAAGUCGGCUCGACCUCGCGUUGGGGAGUCAUCGGAGGUAUAG